UUUCACACCAGACUGUAGUAGCUGGUAUAGUUUUUAGAUAGCGUUAGGUGUUGCCUUAUGCGACAGGAUGGGGGUAUCAGAUUUACAAUUCGACACAAAUGCUGGACCUGUGGUGGAUCUUUCAGCACGCGGUAUGCAAAAGCUGGAUCCGGAUUUAAUCUGCUCCGAGGACACUCACACUCUCAUCCUGGACCGUAACCAAAUAAUGAAACUGGACUAUCUGGAAAGGAGCCCUGGCCUUCAGCAGCUAUCUGUAGCCAGUAAUCGCCUGGUGAGAAUGAUGGGUGUGUCUCGGCUAACAGAGUUGACAGUCCUCAAUCUUCCAAAUAACAGUAUUGGAUAUAUCGAGGGGCUAAGAGACAUGCCAAACCUUAAAUGGCUAAACCUGUCUGGGAACAAUAUUAAGGUCAUUGAGCAACUCAACAACUGUGUUUCUCUUCAACAUCUGGAUCUGUCUGACAAUAACAUAUCUACCAUUGGUGAUGUGACUAAACUGGUGGCAUUAAAGACACUGUUACUCCAUGGAAACAGCAUUACAACACUACGGACUGUGCCUGUUCAUCUACCUUCCCAAUUAUCCAUUCUUUCGCUGGCAGAAAAUGAGAUAAGGGAUCUUAAUGAAGCAUCGUACCUUGCACCUCUCCAUGAACUAGAGCAGCUUUCCAUUAUGAGCAAUCCUUGUGUCAUGGCAACCCCAUCAUUGCCGGGUUUUGAUUAUCGGCCAUAUGUUAUGAGUUGGUGUCUGAGCCUGAAGGUCCUGGAUGGCUAUGUGGUGUCACAGAAAGAAGGUCUCAAAGCAGAGUGGCUCUACAGUCAGGGAAAAGGACGUUCAUAUCGACCAGGUCAGCAUGUUCAGCUGGUUCAAUACCUGGCCACUGUUUGCCCUCUGACAUCAUCACCGGCACUGGAGACGGCAGAAGACGCCAAACUGGAGAAGAUCCUCAGUAAGCAGAGGUUUCACCAAAGGCAGCUGAUGGAGGAGACCCGAGGAGGCUGCUCCAGCCUUCCUCGUCCAACUCAGCUAGAUGUGGAGAGGCACAGUCCUUCACAUCCCGUCCCACAGGGGGGAGCCAGAGAGGUGAAACAGAUCGAUGCACCGGCACCAGCUGCUGCUCCAUCAGUCUUGGAGACAGAGCCAGUGGUGCAGUUUAACACCUGGAUGAGCUGUGAUUCUUCCCACCAAUCAUUGCCUGUAGUUCGCAGCCCAAGGCCCAAAGAGGAGCACAUCUACUUAGAGGAUGUGCAGACAGAUGAGGAGAAACUCAACAGCAGCAUGCUUUCCUCUGAGUCCACCUUUCUCCCAUUCACAUCUGAUGUGGAGCCACAAACAACACACUCUGACAGCGAGGACGAGACACAGACAUUUGAACUGGACUCCCUUGCUCCAAAGUGGCCAGCACAGCCCAAAAACCACAACACAAACAAGACACAUCAGGCACCCCCAGUGGAUGUGCAAGAGAGCGGUCUUGAAGGGGAACUUAUAUCUGGUGCAGCCACUACAGGUGGAUCACUGGGGGUCAGAGUAAGCACACCACAAAAUAAUCUGGAAACAUCCUUUGACUUUGGUAGAGCAGAGACAAAAGAAAACACAGAGCAGGAAGAAGUCGGUAUUUGUGCCAAUAAAUCAAAUGUGACGGAAGCAGACAGGGCAGCAGUUAAAAUCCAGUCAUGGUGGAGGGGACAGCACACUCGCUGUUAUCACCCCAUGGCCAGGGAGGUGCGUAAUGAAAUCCGCCUGUGCAGGAUGCAAGACCACAUCGUCUCCCUGUCUGGAAAGUUAGACAGGGUGCAGCAGCAGUAUGAAGAAGAGCGGUUACAAAGGCUGGUUCAGGAGGAAGCUGUCAAGUUCCUGUGGAAACAACUCCAGUCCAUGCAGCAGUGGAAGCAGUCUGUGGAGCAGCAGCUGUCCAGCAUCAGUCAGGCCGUCACCCCCGCUCACAUCUCCGCUCCUGGACUGUGUGUCCCGCCUGUUGCAUCCAGCACGGCCAUCCCACCCAGCACAGGGGCCUCGUUCCCAGACUCCGGCUUCCAGUCAACGAGUGAUCAGCUGGCAGCGCAGGAGGACAGCUUCCUGAGCAGCGGGACAGCAGACUCUCUGAAGACGGUGCGAGCACUGAGCUCUGUUUGUAGCGGUGGUGUGGACAGCGCAGACUGCAGCCUGCUGGAGCAGUACCUCUCAUCGGUGCAGCAGAGGGAGGAGGAGGCUGAGGAGGGCAUCAGUGAUAGAACAGAAACACCACAGCCCUCCUCACCAGCAUCACCCAGCAAAACAGCACAGUCCCCCCCCCAGGAGGCUGCAGACAACAAAUCAGAAGUAAAAUGUCUGAAGGAAACUGUCUGAGGGUCUUCACCUAACAAACACUGUGCACUAUUACUGACUCAUUUGGCACUGAUUGCAAACUCGAGAUGCAUUGCUCCCUCUUGAGACUUUGUCCCUGCACUUAUCUUGAUAACUGACCCAAAUCUCAUAUAACGGUGCACCCUUAGUUUCCUUUGUUCAUCAAGACUGAUCCGAGGAUAGGCUUGAAAACAACAACUUACUGUGAAUGUAACUCACAUGUUUUUAUACUUCACUUUGUUCUGAUAUUUAACAUUUUCCUCCCUGUGUAAAGGCAACUAUUGUGAUGUAGGUUAGGAGCAUAUUAGUAGCUUCAAAGCAAUCAUUUUAGGAUGAAACACAGUAGGUUUCUACCUCUUCUGACUUAAAUAUCAGGCACAGCAUAUCCUGUUUCCUUUCUAAAUAUCCACUCUGUCAAAAACAUGUAAUUAGCUUCAGUUAAGCGGCUUAGGAAUUGUGGAAUGUAGUGCACAAAGCUAUAUACUACCCAUAAACAACAAGCAUACUAUUUAUUAUCACAUACAGGGUUAACAGUUUUUAUCACUUAAGAUCACCUCAGAAUGUUGUAGUGUCUUUAUCUUUAAAAAAAUGUUAAUAAAGCUGCAAUAAUUAUUUUCCAA